AUGGAGAUUUCAAAUCGAGAGAUCAAGAGGAUUUUGGAAAAGAUUGUGAACCCUUCAAGGAAAGAUUGGUCUCUGCGAUUGAAUGAUGCACUAUGGGCUUACCUUAUAGCUUUCAAGACCACGAUUAGCAUGUCACCUUAUCGUCUUGUGUACGGCAAAGCAUGUCAUCUGCCGGUGGAAUUGGACCAUAGAGUAUACUGGGCUAUCAAUCAACUGAACUUUGAUCUUACGAAGGUUGGCUCACAGAGGAAGCUCCAACUCAAUGAAUUAAAGGAGCUGAGCAAUUAUGCAUAUGAUUGUACGAAGUUAUACAAAGAACGGAUGAAGAAGGCUCAUGACCAGAGUAUUUUGAGACGAUCUUUUGAACCUGGCAAGCUCCAAUCCCGAUGGACAGGCCCAUUUACUGUUCGAUCAAUUUUUCCUCAUGGGGUCAUUGAGAUUGAGGAUCCAAAGAAUAGUACUAUUUUCAAGGUUAAUGGAAAAAGGUUGAAACCAUUCUUGGAGUUGAAGAGUUCGGAGAUUGAGAUGACUUUGUUGGAGGAUCCCAGUUAUUCAGAGUGA